UGAACGGCCCAGCCUUAGAAUCUAAGAUCCGGUUGGAGCACCCGGUCCACUCAACGUUCCUUCCUCCUAUCACUCUGUGCUGGUUGCAUCUCACACUCUCCAGUCUCCACACAACAACAUGGAGGAGCAACUCGAACUGAACCCUAACUCGGUCACCGGACUCACUGAGUCCUCCGCGCCGUCCUACGAAGAAGACAUUGACGAGGACGCUCCAGUUCUGAGCUCCCAUGCUCUCGCCGCCCUCAAAGAGUUCCUCGCCGAGCAGCAGCCGAGCCACUCUGACGCCGGAGACUCCGAAGUUGCUCUGGUGUCCGAGGAUUGGAGGUUGAGCCAGUUCUGGUACGACGCUGAAACCGCAAAGACCGUCGCUGAAGAGGUGCUCGGGCUCUGCGGCGGCGGUGUCGAUUCUCGCGUCGCCUGCAUCGCUUGCCCUACACUCUAUGCCUAUCUCAAGAAAAUGGAUCCUAGUGUUUCUAUGCAACUUCUUGAGUAUGACAAACGUUUUGAGCAAUAUGGAAGUGAUUACACAUUUUAUGACUACAAUCAUCCUGAGGAGUUACCAUCAGAAUUGAAGCACUCUUUCAGAGUUGUAGUUGCAGAUCCUCCUUAUUUGAGCAAAGAGUGCUUGGAGAAAGUUGCUGAAACUAUUUGUUUUCUCACACAACCUGGAGAGUCAUUUUUGCUUCUACUCACCGGUGAAGUGCAGAAAGAAAGGGCCGCUGAGAUCUUGGGUUUGCAUCCGUGUGGUUUUAGGCCUCAUCAUUCCAGCAAACUUGGAAAUGAAUUUCGUUUGUUCACAAACUAUGACCCCGGAACGAGACUAGGAGGGUGGGAAAAAUAGGUAUUUUCGUUUGGUUGCCUUUGUUGUAAUUUGAUAUCAGUGAAGAGUUGAAUUUAUUUCGCCCAACAACUGCUAUCACACCAGAUUCCAUCUUUAGGCAUCUUAUAUGUAUGGAAUGUGCAUAACUAGGUAUAUAGACGGAAGCUGGUUUAUCACCUAGUUGUCUGAAGCUGCAGUUGCAGAUUUGGUGGCAGGGUGAUUCGACGAUCUUGGAUACCACCAUUGAAGCUAUUCAACUUGAAUUAUUGAUCAAAUACGAACAUUUUUGUGGUAUGACUAUUAGCUUCGGGGACCAUGAGCAUGAUUUUUUACUUUUGUUCCAAUUCCCAUUAAGAGGCCUAUUUAGAUUUUAAAGAGUUGUAGUGUGUUUGGAUCUAUGUUGAACUCGACGUGGUAAAAUCUUGUUCCUCUGAUCCAUGUAAGUUCAAUAUGACAGACUCCAGUGCUAAGGGAAAUUCCAAUAUGGGAUCUAUCCGUGUGGUCUAGUCUACCCAUGUAUUUUUCUUUAACAGGAUCAUCUUUAUAUACAAAACAUGAUCUAUUUGUCAGUGUUCUUAA